GCGUUUCGCAUCAGGCAGUCACGCUCUGGGCUCAUUUUCAAGGCACGCUUUCCACGUCGUUUCGUCCCUCCGCCGAGUGAUUGCGCCGACGACAACACCGUACCUCGAUUUAUCCUAAUGUGUUCUUCAUCAUCACUACACCUCUGAUUAUGGGAAGCAUCCAGGAAAUGCCUACCAUGGAGAUGACGUCUGAGUCGAGAGACGUUGAGAUGCGAGAUGGUGAAGAUGACGUUCCCUUGAAUGCGACCGGGGCCGCUUCACAGGCAGAGCAGGCCAACGGAAUUAGCGAUGCGCACGACCCAAAGAAAUUUCAUCACGUGUCGAACGGUCACCUGACCUAUGCCACCCAAGGAGCAAGCAAUUCACCUGAGAAUGACAAUCAUGUCGACCAGCCUCUUCCCUCCGUUGAGAAAGAUGAAGACCACUCACCUUCAACUGCGGCUGCUAAGUAUGAGAAGACACCUGAAAGAGAACGACGAGAAGCCGAAUCUUCCCCAACCCAGUCCAGACAUCAAAACUCAGCUUCAGCUUCAGCCUCGGCCAACUUUCAGACCUCCGCCGAGUCUAUCAAACUCGAAAAGGAGAUUGCACGUCUUAAUAAGGUUCUCGACGAGACAUCUGCUCAAGCAGCCCAAAAGGUUCUUCACGAUAAAUGGCGAUUCUUCCUCUUCGACCAAUACGACGAGUCUCAUAUCUCAUUCAUCCUUCGUGCUGGUUUCAAGAACGCAAACCCCACCGUUACUGAGAAAGUCCUCCAGGAUAAAUCUCUUUUUAAGGAGAAGCUCAUCGACGUUGCGAGCAGGAAAGCCGCCGUGAUUGAGAAGGUGAUCACAAAUGCAACGGUGCCACAACUCGUUCACGCUUGCCCCCAGAGAGUCCUCGAUGAAGUUCUGGCUGAACGAUUGAAGACAGUCUCUGCGAAACAGCUUAUCGCAUGGCUUGCCCGGGCUGACAGGCUUGGAUAUAAGAUGGACGACAUCAUCGAUGAAGACGACGAGUCGGUUGUCCCCAGAGCUGCCAGCGUUGACGCCGAUAUGACCGAGGUCUUCGAAGUCGAGCCUGCCCCACGAUUUGCAUCAUCUUACCGCGAUCCUCUUCUUGCAGAGCAAGAAAAAAACCUUGAAGCACAGCGCAUUGAGAAGCUUAAGGCAGAUGUUGUUCGUCAACAACAGCAGCACCAGCAGCACCAGCAGCACCAGCAACAGCAGCACCAGCAACAACAGCUACCUCACCAGACUCAAGCUGGCCAGAAGCUGAGCUGUCCCGACUGUCGUGUUGUGUUUCCGACUACGUCUGGAUACACAUAUCAUACCACCAAGAAACCUUGCAAGAAAAUCCCGCCGGUGCUUAGUUCUAAAUGGUGGUGUGAAAAUUGUAUCCAAGGCUUUACGACCAAGCAGGGCAUGGACUAUCACAAACUAAAGGGAGUUUGUACCGCCGAAGACAUUGCUCCUGCUACCUCUCCGUCUAAUCAACUUCUGCAAGAGGCUGCUUCCCAGGCCCAGCGUCCCCCUCCAGCACCAACUCCAUCGCAGGUCCAUGUUCCCUCUAUCCCUCGCCCGCCAUUUACGAGCCACCCCCCACCAACUCAAUCGACGCCUGCCACAUCACACAUCUCUUCAACACAAGUGGUACCGAGUCAAAAGUCAAACCCUCAAGUGACUAUUCAGCGACCUCCGCUCCGCACGCCUUCCGCUCCCACACCCCCAGUCUCCACACCAGGUCCGCGAAAGCAAGCCCCUCCCUCAGACGUUCGCCAAUCCCCUUCCGAACUGCCAGCAGAGCGUUUGGCGGCUCUUAAUAGGGAGCUUCAGGACGCAGAUGACCGGUACCAACAACAGAUCGAUGAGAUCCCCGCUACCUAUACCGAAGCAGAGCGAACUACACGCCUGGUUUCAUUAAAGAAUGGCAACGCCUCUCGUAAGAGCCAGAUCCGAAAGGCUUAUGGCGUCAGUCUACGGUUGCGAGAGAAGGAUAAGCUAGCUAGAAAGGCUGCGAGAGUUACACCGCCAGGCACAGCAGCUUCUGAACACAGAUCCAUUACAUCAACGACUUCACAAGCCACGCCUACGAGCACACCUCCAAUCUCCUCAUUCGCCCCGAUUAAUACUCCUCCGCGUAUUGGCCCUAGCCCAAGUGACGAUAGCCGCCCAGGCAAUCCUCCGCAUCCAUUUAAACCGUCACGCUAUAAUCCCCUUCCUGUACCAAGCAAUGCACAACCUCCAAGACCAUCCUAUAGCGCAGCCGCAAACGCAGCCCAUAUAGCCGCACCAUCUUCCUACCGCCCACCACCCUCCAACGCUUCCGUUCGCGUGCAGAGCCCCUAUAUGGCGCACGACCCUAACACCCUAUCUCACGCUCUCGAACGACCUGGUUCUAAGCCUUCCGGUUUCGGCGUCCUGCGCGUACAGGAUUUAGUUUCGAACCCUGCCCCACUUACCAAUAAUCCCAAUAAGAGACGACGAAGCCCCGAGGACGAAGGCCGUCCCGUUCCGCCGCGCACUUCUGCUGGUCCUUCGGCUUCGAAGAGCUACUUUGCUCCUAGCCUGUUUGAUCAGAAUCAGCCCGCGAGACAAGGUCAGGGAGAGGUGCAGGUGGUUAUUGGUGGUCGGGCUGAAGAUGCUAUUCGGAGGAAGUCCCAACAAAAUCAAAAUCAAGCUUCUUUGUCGAAUGGGGGCGAGAGAGAAACAGCCAUGACUGACGCUCCUGCCCAACCUACGAAGACGACGAACACGCAGGCUACAGCAAUCGAGAUCCUCUCUUCCUCUGAGUCGGGCUCAGACUCUCCUGCACCGGGAGCCAAGUUUACCUCCAACUCCUCGCAUCCUGCUCUCCGUCAAUCCACUCAACCCACCUCUCCCACUCCCAAUACCCAAACCCCCAAAGAAACCGAGAGCGAGAACGAGACGAAUGGCGAGGCUGUGAAGGAAAAGGAGAACGGAGGAGAUCCAACAGAGUCCGAGUCCUCGGACCGCGAAUCCGCAAAGAAACACAACCACACGCGCUCUAUGGGUGGCAGUGGAAGAAAAGGAUUCAUGGCGAAGCGGGGCGGCAAACAUUGAUUCCCCUUUCUUCUCACUUUCCCACGAAACAGAACAAAACGAAGUUUCAAUAUCGGAUAUUGGCCCUGUAUAAUGAAUCGAUGGAUGGGUGGAUGGCGGGGAGGUUGCGUGGCGUUUG